CCGAGCUGCCCAGAGUUCAGCUCUAGGUUUGGAUCUACGGAGCAGUCCGUAGAGGCGGAGUUCUCCACUCUAACUGUCGUCAUGCACAAAGAGAGUUUCCUGGACCUCAAGGACUUCGCCAACAAGUUUCUUACCAGCCUGUCAUCUGGGACAGAGGAGGAUAGAAAGAAGGAGGACAAAACAAAGACAACAGAAGAAGAUGAAUUGAGCACGGAAAAGAAGACAGCAACUGUUAGGGAAGAAGAAAAAGAACCUGCUAAAGAGGAUUCAUCAACAGUAGUGCUGCCUACAAAUGUUGUGAGGAUGACUGUAGCCGCUAGACUGGGCAACCUGGGCAUCCUGCUGUGUGAUAACUACCACACACUGGCACAGAUCAACAUCAAAGGACUGGAAUCCAACAUCCUUCAAAUGAGAAGAAAGACUAUAGUCCGAGCAAGACUGGAGGACCUUUUGGUGCAAGACAGUGCACAGAGCACUCUAUAUCCUAGGAUCUUAUGCAUUGAGGAUGAGGAUGUAUUUAGCAUAAAGUUUGUAGCCUACGACCAGGCUGCUGAGGCUACCCCACCCAUAGGUGCCCUGGACUAUCACUGUAAACUCAGGCUAGGGAGGCUGCAGCUAGUCUAUCUGCCCAAGUUUGUCACAAAUGUCACGGAUUUCUUCAGUCCCUUCAGUGCACCAGCUGUUGCCACCCAGGCUGUCGACACGGCUCAAACACUCCUUCAGCAACAGGCCGAGGAGAUGGGCACGACCUUGGGGGUUGUCACACCCUCCGUCGACGACACCGUCAAAGAUGUUGAGGAUAGGGGUCAUCGCGUGGGUCUCCACAUUGACAUCCAGGCUCCCGUGGUCAUCCUACCGGAAACGUCCACCUCUCCGGAUGCCUUGCUGGCCCGGCUGGGUGACCUCAGCAUCAGGAACAGCUUUGUUCUGGAAGAGAAAGUGCCUGUGGACAAAAUCAUCGUCAACCUGAGCUCCAUGCAGGUGUCAAGAGCCAAAUUUGGAGACCAGCAGGCUCUGAGUGCUCAGCGACUACUACUGGAGCCAGUUGGUCUCCAUGUGGAGGUCUGCAGACUACUACGGGUGGGGAACAAUGGUCUGCCUCAGAUCAGCAUUUCAGGAAAACUGGAGAACUUCAAGAUACACCUUGGUCAACCUGAUCUGAAAACAAUCUUUGCUAUAUUGUCAGGAGAGGAAGACAAUGAAGGCAUUGUUGAAGUGGAUACUACUGAGCAGCAGUCGGAAGAAGGGGACAAUGAAGGUAACAAUGAUAACCCACAGCAGUCAGGCACUCAAGACGUUCCACAAGAGACAGCCCAAAGUCCCAUCAUCAGGACCAAGCUGACCUUGAACUUUGACAUGGAUGGUAUGGACCUCAUUCUGUACAAGCCCAGCAACACGGAAUCCAUCUUCUACUCUUUGGACCAAGACGGCUUCUCGCAUUUCCAACUCCACGGGAUUUCAGCGGACGUCGAGACUAGGGACGACAACACGAUAGAAGCGAGUUUCUUCCUCCAGAUGGUCAUGCUUGACGACAUCAGACCUAAGUCACCUCUUGCUGUUAGAAAGAUGAUCUACCAUUACAACAAGCAAGGCACGUCCAACGACACCAUUGAGGAAACGCAGUCGGGAAAUGACAACACGGAAGAUAAGGAAAAUGGGAACGUACCGCCAGUCGUGCUGACAACGUUGGAUGUUGUGGACGCUGCGUCAGCUCUGAAGUUGCACAAACCGCUCGUAAAGAUGACAUACAAACAGGAUAAAGAUAGACAGGAUGUUGAUAUUACUUUGGAGGGACUCCGAAUCAACUUGUGCAUACCCUACCUGCUUGCUGUGGCAGAGUUCUUUGCAGCGGGAAACACCAGUCAAGACGACAGCAAAGAAAGAAGCAACCCAGAAGAAGGUAGAAGUGAACCGUCCCCUCCUUCAGCUUCUCCCCCUCCCACCCCCACAACCCAGAAUGCAGAACCAGGGAGAACAUUCAAGGCGGUCGGACGGCUCUCCAAACCAGAGAUCGUCCUUUUUGCCUACCCAUCCAGCAAGGAGAGCCGAAUCCUUGUACUCAGAACUGAGAUUGACUUCAGCUACGAGAGGAACUCUCUUACGGACAGCUUCAGCGCAGAAGUAAACCACCUCGAGGUCUUUUCCUCUCUGUACUCCACUGUCAUUCUUCCUGAAGGGAGCUGUAGCGUACUCAGGCCUUGCAACAUCAAGUUCGAACGGACGGUUACCUCGCCCGAUAAAGCAGAGAGGCUGUCCGCGGAAGUCGGGGACAUCAACGUACACAUCUCGCCAACGGUACUCCACAUCGUCAUGGCGGUACUACGCUCGUGGAACGCCGGUCAAGUCUUGGCCGAGUCAGAUGAACCAAUGAAGAAAGAACCGCUGACUGAUCUAUGGAGCCCCAAGGCCGUUUUGCCAAGCAAGUUCAGGAAAAAGAGGAAAACAGAAAUUGGACAUGGCGGCACUACAGUGAUGAACAAGACACCUCCCCAGAAGUUUGUGAUUGACAUGGACAGUAUUUUGUUUGUGUUGGAGUUGGAGGUCGGCGAAACGUACAUGCCGUCGCUGUGCGUAAAGAGUGGGGUUGAAGCUGUGAUGUGCGACUGGUCUUCACAGAUGCGGAUGAAGGCAGAUGUCCACCUGGAGGCAACAUUCCACAACGAGAAGCUUGGCGUGUGGGAACCACUGAUAGAGCCUGUCAUGGAGAAAAAUGGGGCAUACAGGCCGUGGGAUAUCUGUUUCAAGAUGUUGAAUGCCCCAAGUAGGCAUCUGUGCCCGACAAUGUACGACUGUGAAGACUUUGGAAACAUGAAGCCUGUUGACACGGUCGUGAGGACGGCCAUGUACAGAGACGACAGUGACGAGUCUGAGACGAGUCCUGAUGACACUGACAGCUUUGGAGACCGUGCAAGUUUGCUGGCAAGACGGCAGGGAAGUUUUCACAGAGAUCAAGUUGACAGCGGGAGGGGAGUGGCCAAACCUGUCAAACACGUUACCAUGGAGACUGGCCCCGCCCACAAGCCAGAUGCAGACAGAGGGGAAGACGAUGAAGAGGAGGGAUUCUGGGAUACGAUAGAAAACGCGCUGCUGUUCUCCAGCAGCUCCGAGUCUGAGGGCGAAGAGGAUGAUGGGAAGGCACUUUUACCAAAAUUUGCCCCGCCAGUUUCUGACUCUGACUCUGGAGAGGAGGCAGACAAUGAGUCAGUAACGAGCAAAUCCAUUGACGAAGUUGAUGCCCCCAUACGAGAUGAGGAAGAGGAAAAGAUGGCGACGUACCUCGUGCUGGACUCUGCUGACCUCCUGCAGAUCACACUCACUCCUGAAGCUAUUGGUGCCAUCAAGGACAUUGCAGAGGCCUUCUCAGCUGGACCGUCCAAGCCGUUCAAAACUGGGAAACCAGAGUUCCCCUCUGUGGAGAUAGAGAACAAGCUUGGGUUCCACCUGACUGUUCAUGUCCACCCUGAUCUGCAGAUAGAGGAGGUGAAAAGUGAGACCAUUACCAUCCUUCAUGAGGAGAGAACAAUAGAGGAAGGAGAAGAGGAGGGAGACACUGUAGACUGCUUUAAGAACCCAUUUAAGUCUAGCGACCCCCCACAAGCCAUGCCUCCUGAUCCCACUAUGGAAGCCCUAGGUUUUCCAGCAACCCCUGGUGAUAGUCAGCUGCUGCCAUUUGGCCCUCCCCAACCACAUGUAUUAAAACCAAGCCACAGUAGCAGCAAACUAGCCUCAGCCUUUGCCAAUGUUGGAAACUUGGCCCUCCUGUCGGGUGCCUUUGUCUACAAUGUGGGUCUUCAGAAGAACCAGCCGGUGAAGACUAAGGACCACAUCAAACUUGAGGUUCCAGGUUUCGACCCUCUGCAGAUUUCCUGUAGACGAGCAGGAUCCUUCAUUCACCAGCUGACUCCCAGCAAGAAGAAGGCCUACAGUGUUGUCUGUGAUGUGGAGAUCAACCAUGGAAGGAGGAGAAUCACUCUCAGGUCACCACUACAGGUCAGCAACCAGCUUCCGGUAUCCAUGGUGAUGACCUGUGACCUGUCCCUCCUCCCUGAUGCAGAGGAUGGUUGCUAUGAGACUGAUGACAACAAACGAGCCCUGCUUGGUUCUGUUACACCUGGCCAGACUUGUCCGGUACCCCUGUUUGCUGCUUACCAAGCUGCACUGGAAAUCAGUCCCGAAGGAACAGAGCAUGUUGCUGCUGAGGAGUCUUUGAAUUGGCAGGAUGUAGCCAGUAAGAAGGCAGUACAGACUAUCGCAUGUCAACCAGAGGAGUCGGGGGCAGCCAUGUUUUUCUACAAUGUAACAUGGGAAGCCUCUCCCAUAAGAAGGGUGGCUCAGAGGAACAUGAGCAGUUCUCCAUAUGGUACCCUGUGUCUCUAUUCACCAGUGGUGCUUCACAACUAUCUUCCAUAUGAGGUUAAUUACACAAUAGGGGACCGUCCAGAAGUGACCCUGUCUGCCGGGGUCAGUGUCCCCUCCUGUAGUCUGGACAUGGAGAAGAACCACAAAGUGGAUGUCCACCUGAGGGGCUACCAGGGGCUGGACUGGUCAGGGACCUUCUACAUCUCUCUGGACAUGGACGAAUAUGAGAUGGUUGUCAUGGAAACCACAGAUGUGAAGGGAGAGAAGAAACAGAUGGCGCUGGGAGUGCACACCACUGUUGGGGGCAGCCGGGAUGUCUUCCUGUAUGCACCGUACUGGCUGGUCAACAAAACAGCUCUGCCUGUGGAGUUCAGGGGUGCAGGGAGCAGCACUGUUUAUCAGGGCAACACCACCAACGAUCCUGCUCUAUUCAGUUUCCACAGGCACAGGAGAAAGAAGAUGGGAAGUUUAGCAUGUGCCUGUGUAGAGAAGGCAGAAAAGAGAAUACGUCCGGCAAAGAUGCGAAUGUUCCGGUCAAAGUGGUCAUCUGCCAUACCACUGGACACAGUCGGACAUGCAGGAGUGGUCACCUGUCGGGACAAGGACAGUGGGAAAGUCUACCAGGUGUGGUUGGAGAUCCACCUGUCCAAGCUGAAGCUGACCAAGAUGGUGACCCUGCUGCCCUUCUUCAUGGUGGUCAACAAGACCACUGCAGAGGUCACCUUCACUGAGGAAGGUCAGGAGGAUGAGUACUGGACUGUCAUCCAGCCAGAAGAGGUUUUACCAUUGUGGCCUCACUCCGGAGUUCUGAACCUCGUGGUGAGACAGCCAGGGGUGGAGAACAAGGGUGCAGAGAUCCCGGUCCUGUCACAGUACUUCCCCAUCCACAAGUCUCACACCACAGUUCUCAGGAUGUGGAACGGCACGGCGCUCACCGUGAACGUGGCUGGAGGGAUGGAGAGCCCCACAACGAUAACGUUCACCCCGUUCCAGCCGGGGGAUGCGCCAGUCCGAGUUGUGAACUGUUGUCACAAUGCCUUUAUCAGGUUCCACCAAAAGGGUAUGAGUCAAGUCAUUGUCCUGACACCCAACCAGUCUGUACUGUACACAUGGGAUGAUCCUACUGAGGAGAGGACUCUAUGGUGGAACCUCUACAAGAGAGACAAACCUUCAUUUCCAGCCAGAAUAAACCAGGACAAUGCUGGUAUAGAGACGGUCAUCUUGCCCGGUACAGAAACUGCCCAUGGCAGUAAGAAGAACGGGCCUGGCCGAAGUAAACAGAAGAGAACCAACAUCCACUGGGUGUCAUACCUGGACGGGCUACAGAGGGUGCUGUUCUUCACAGAGGAUGCAAGCCUUGCCCAGGACGUACGGGAGGCCUCUGGAGAAAAGACAUCGCUGGAAGCCUUCCUGUCACUAGAGGGGCUGGGGGUGUCACUUGUAAGCAGCCUCUACACAGAGAUUGCUUACUUGAGUAUUACCAGCACCCCACCACUCUGGGAAGUCAACUCCAAAGGCGACAGUUGGAAGAUGUUGAAACUUGAGGUCGCCACGUUCUUGGAAGACCAGUUUCGGCACGGGCAUCACGAGGCGGUCAUGUCGGACAAAGUCAAAGCUGACUUCAAGACCAUGCGGAUGGUCAGACCUACUGCCGGAGACCUGCGUAGAACGUAUCAGCCAGGACUGUGGUUUCAGUAUCGCAGCUCUGACCACCAUACAGGAAUGCAUGCCAAACUGCAGAGGCUCCAGUUGGAUAACCAGCUGCAGAAAGCAGUGUUCCCCACAGUGUUGUACCCGGCCCCCCUCCCUAGGAAGGUUCUGAAGAAGAUGGGACCACGCCCCUUCAUCGAACUGGCACUAAUGAGAAGACAGGUCCCAGAGCAACACUCGGACACCAUCAAGUACUGUAAGCUGUUACUGCAACAGUUCUCCGUCCGAGUGGACAAGGGUUUCCUUCUGACCGUUGCCGAUUUCUUCACCACCCACAUGGAAGACGAAGAAGAGAGCGCAAAACUCCAGUCCGACUACGGUAAGAUCAACCUGACGCUCCGAGACACGGUCGCCGCGCUCGCAACAUCCGGUACGGACAAGAUCUAUCUGGAGUAUUUCCACUUCUCGCCGGUGAAGAUUUUCAUCAGUUUUAGUCUGAGCGGGGAACCCCAUCUCACGCACGAACAGAAGGACACGAUUACGAAGGACGUAGUGGACUUCUUUCUGGGUACGGUCGGAACGACCUUGACGAGUUUGAAGGACGUGGAGAUGAAGCUGGCGUACUUUGAGAGACGAGGAGUGAUGCUGACACAGACACAGCUGAUACAAGACUUGCAGAGUCACUACACAGCACAGGCUAUCCAGCAGUCUUAUGUGCUCUUACUUGGUCUGGACGUGAUUGGAAAUCCGUAUGGACUCGUCACCAAGAUUGGGAAAGGCCUUGGAGAUCUUUUCUACGAACCAUAUCAGGGUGCUAUUGAGGGACCAGAGCAAUUUGCAGAGGGUGUGGCCAGAGGGGUGCAAAGCCUGCUGGGACAUGCUGUCGGGGGUACAGCAGGAGCGCUGGCCGGUAUCACAGGGAGUGUAGGGAAGGCAUUUUCCCUACUGUCCAUGGAUGAAGACUACAGCACUAGGAGAAGACAGCGCAUGCAGCAGCAGCCUACUGACAUGCCAUCAAGUCUGUUACUGGCAGGGCAGAGCUUCAUCAUGGGCAUCGUGAUGGGCAUAUCAGGUGUGGUGCUGCAGCCAGUGAAGGGUGCCCAACAGGAAGGGGUGGAGGGGUUCUUCAAGGGGAUCGGGAAGGGACUCCUGGGGCUCUUCUCUCGCCCUGUAGCCGGGGUGUUUGACAUGGUCAGCAUGUCGUUUGACGCAGUGCGGCGGUCAGCGGAGGUGGGAAAUAUCGUGGUACACAGACAGCGAGUUCCGAGGUUCAUCAACCCCGAGACUGGACUCACUCCGUACUCUGCCUACCAAGCCGUGGGGAACACACUCCUACUUAACAUUGAGAGGGGGAAGUAUGCAGAGACUGACAUGUACGUAGCGCACGCUGCCGUGAACACAGAACAGGACGAACAGAUGUUACUAAUUACAGACCAACGGAUCCUGCUCGUAGACAAGUGCUACUGGUUCUCUGGCUGGGACAUAGAAUGGGUCGUUCCACUUGAACACAUAGUAGGGGUGCCGACCAGUGCUGAUGGCAAACUAUCCUUCCAACACAAGGAGGAAGAAGAAACACCAAACCUCUUCACAGCUAUAGACAAGGAGGUGGCAGUGAAGGAUGAGCAAGUGUUAAAGUGGCUCUACUCCCAUCUAGAGCAGGUUUUGGAUGAUGUCAGAGGAACCUGAGCACAGAUUACGUGAUGUCAUCACUUUGGGAGCAAACGAAUCAAAGAACAAUGGAAGACUGCAACAACAAAGACUGUGAUCCAAAAUUACUUGAUUAGUAUAUCAGAAGUACCUCAAUAGGUUUUGAUGUAAGUAAAAGGAAAACAACUAUAAAAGAUACUCAAGGAAAAGGGAUAAUAUAUAUUGUGUGGAGUAUAAUGAACAUAUCGUCAUAUAAUGCCUAUUUAUUGUGAAUACAUAGUAAGGACUCAAGCCAAGAGAACAGAAUUCGCUACUUAGUGUUGAAGCUAUGCAGGUGAAUUGGCACUUUUCUUGUCCUUAUAAUUGCUACUGUUGACUUGUCACAUAGACGUAAAGAACAGGCAGAGGCUUGCUCUAAAAUGCACCUAGUUAGCCAAGGAAACAGAGGUGUACCACAAGGUAGCAUUUUGGGCCCAUCUUAGCAAUUUCAGUUGGCUCACACAUUUUAACAGUUCUGACCAAUACAAAAUCAUAUGUAAGGAAAUAAUGCCCAUUACAGAUGAUAGAUACAUUUCUUUACUAGAACUUUGAUUUUAUCAACUUCAUAAUUUAAGGGUACAUACUUGAAGGUAUAGUGACUUAUGUUACCUGUUUGAGGGAUUCCGUGUGUUAUCAAUUUGCAUUCCAAGCUGGAAACAAUGCUCACUCUUAUUGUACUUCAAAGAUCACUUGAUGCAAUCAACUCAAUGUCUUUGCCAAGGGUGUUUAAGAAGUCAUGAUUCAUAAUUUUCAUAAUGGGCUAUGGUUCUCUAAAGUCGGAAGCCUGUGCAGAAAGUCUUGCAGCAUUCAAGAAUUAGAACUUUUGCCUAUGUUGAAGAAAUAGAAACCAGCGAUGCUACAAGUCUGCAAAGGAGGCAGGCCGCUAUAAUUUUUGUUGUGUAUGUAAAAGUAUAUGUAAAUCAGCAGCAGAGGAAGUCUUGUAAAAAUGUGGGUUUUUUUUUUUUGGAAACAUGUUCCCAUUAUCAUCAUUAUCAGGGCUUGAAAUAUUGUUAUCUUCUGUCAGGCACCAUAUGGUAUGUAGUUAUAAACUGCAAUUUUUCUGAAAACUCUUCCAAUAUACAAAUAUGCGAUCUUGCCCUACUCCAUUCCGUUAAGCGCAUAGUAAUUAUACGUUCCGUUGCAAGAAACAAUAUUUUGCCCUGUGGGAUUAUCUUUAUUUUUCUUUGCAAUUUAGGAAUUAUUUUUGCAAAUUGUACAAAUUGUAGAUUACAAGCGAGUAUUUUGAGCCCGGAUUAUUCAUAUACACGGUUUGUUUACGCUUCCUUGGAUGUAUUUGGGUUUAGCCUGGUAACGAUUUCAAAAGGGCCAGCUUACAGCCUAUUUUUCCGACCGUCCUCUCUAUAAUCACUGCCACUGCAAAAAUAACCCCGUAACAUUUCUCCGGCGUUUGCUAACGAACUCGGCGGGAUGGCAGUACACUCUGCACCGCAGAGGCACGGUGAAGCUCCCGGUGGUAUGGUUACCAGGCUAAGGAUUGCUUCCUUGUAUCGAGGCUUUAUGUAUGAAACAAAACAAAAGUAGAAUACGGGUCAGGAACAACUUGGUCAGCCGUUUUGCUGCUACUGUACUUACACUUCUCAGUGUUGCAAACUUCAAUACACGUCUCUGCAAAAAAUAUCUUUCAUUGAAAUGCUAACAGGGUAUACAUUGCGCAAGGUAACAGUCAAGUAACUGGAUAAAAUUUUCAAACAGUAAAGAAGGCUUACGCGUCAAACUUUCGUCACACUUCCGACCUUGCCUUUAAAUUCAAUACCGCGAAAGAACAUUAUCUCCUGUAAUCAAAUGCAAUUAGCUAAUUGACGUAUUAGCUUUCAUAGUUUCUUGACUUCGUCUUGCAUUGAACCCUCUUAGAAUGGUCUUCAAAUUAUCAACAUAUUUCAUUUUCAGAUGAUUGGUUCAAAAGUCGGUAAAUCCAGAUGUUCGUCCUAUUACUGGUGAAAGACAUUGGAUGCUGUCUGGAACGUAUGACUGUUUCCAAAUUCUAUCCAGUUCCUUGAUAAAGCCAUGUUGAUUUGAUGAUACGGAUGACAUCCUCUCAGACCCCCAAAACUGAUGCAAAUGAAAAACAUAAAAAAAAUUGCCUUUAUUUUAAAAUCUAAGUGGUUGGGAAGGAGUAUGGUAUACUGGACAAUAGAUUCCCAUUUUAAUUUGUUCGUUCACAUUUUUUUUACCUUGGCAUUGUAUUACAUUAGUGUACGUUUUUUCUCUCCAUAUUUUUGCGAUCUAUAGCAUAUUUUAUAGCUGCUUUGUGCCAUAUACAGUAUGUUGAAAACUUUUUCUUUUCUUUUUGGAAACGGUCGAUGAACGCUCGGAUGUCAUCCAUAUAAUCAAAUCAACAAGCCAUAAUAGUUACCUUGCGUAUUUCAUCACCGGGAUGUCUACUAGUAUUAUAACCUUUGUCAGCAUAGGGUAUACAUUGUAUCAUGCGUGUAGUAUAAAAUCAUUCUGGUGACUGUGUGGUUAAGUUCUUCAAUUUCUGGAGAAUAAUAUCUAGAUUACUUCAAAAGACGCUUGAACACGUGUUUCAGAUGUUGUCCGUA